GAAUUGCCUAAUGCAUAUUUAUUAAUGGGCAAUUGAAUCAGUCGGAGGAGCCAUUGAAGUGCAAUAAAUUUAGAACAUUUUAUUAUCAUGUUAAGUGUGGGGCAAUGGUUGUAAAUUCAAAUUUUCCGUCGUUGUUUAUGGUCGAUGCCAGUCGAUUCCAGUUCAUACGUGCAAAAAUAAAUAUUUAUUAAUGAAACAAUAGCGCACAUAUCCGAUCCAUUACAUCAAUUAAGUGCGAAUAAAUUGUUGCUUUUUUGUGCGCUGGUUUGUGUGCUUCAAACUUGUCGAACUUGUGUUCUAUGUUCUAGUUUCGAUUCGUUGUCUAAUACUAUCGUCGAUUCGAUCGUGGCCAAAAUGUUGGAGCGAGACAAAUGCAACAUAGUCAAACGAACAAAUACACACAGUCACACAUUUGAUUCAAAUAGAUUCGAAAUAAACAAAGACAGUCAGUAUGAUAGGAUACAAGGCAGUCAGUUGCACACAUUCAAACGAUGUGUAUAUGCUACACCCAACAUGCGCAGUAGAUAAUGUCUCGUUUACAUCAUCACUGAACAUUAUGAAGUUUAUCGUUUGAACAAACUUUUCGCAAACUGUGCAAAGUUUACAUCAUCUAAUGAGCCCAAUUAAAAUAUGUGUGUUAAACGGAAACUACUUCAAUGUGGCUGUGACAAUAUUUAAAAAAAAUGUUAUUUGCUUAAACAUAACAAAACACAAGAUCAUCUGAAUGAGUCUUAAUUCCUUGUGUAAAUGCGAAGCGAAUCAAUGAAGCUGUUGUUUAUUCGGUUGAAACACGCGCACUCACACACACGCAUGAAUCGUUGAUGUUUUUCGAUCAGCUGGAAUUGUAUUUAUAUACUGAGUGUGUGCAUGAGAGACCAUUGAACAAAAAGCCAUAAGAGAAAGAAAGGAAGAAAACAACCGUCUAUCAUUCGCCACACUGAUGAAGAGAGCAGAAGCUGCUGUUUUGAAGCAAACGAGUAAAAAAGCAGAAAAAAACGCGACAACAACAACAACAACGACAACAACAGCCACAGUCAUACACAACAGUGAAAAAAACCACAAAUCACACAACUCCAGUACAGUAAUACAGUAAAAGCGUCCGAAGUGUAAACAACGUACUAUUUUUUUUUCAUUUCCAAUUGAUUAUUUCCAAUUUCAAAGAUCAUUCUUUAUUUCAAAUUGUUUGUGAAAAAUUGCAGUUUGUGCCCCGUUCGAAUACUGAGCCGAGGUGAUUUACACGUAAAACAAUUUCAUUGGGUUUUUUUUUGUUGUUGUUCUUCGUUUCGAUCAAAAAGUGGUCGAUUUUCAUCGCUUCAGUGGGUCAUUGUUUACAUCACAUCUGAGGCAAACCAUAGAGAAAGGAAUAUCCUCGCGGAAGUUUGAACGAUCUGAACGCAGAAAUUUGAUUUGAAUUUCUGUAUUUUUCUACGUCAAAUCAAGUUUAUCACUGGAAAAAAGGAACAUUUUUCAUUUAUUUGUGUAAAUCGAUAUCAGCUGAAGUGAGACGGAUUUAUAUUGUAGUGUAAAAAUCAAAUAUAAGGAAUUCAACGCCAUUUAAACAACUAAUAAAAAUAUCAGCGCGAUUGAACACUCUUUUUUACAUAGAGAAAAAAAAAACAAACAUAAAGUUUAAUUACUUGUGGCAACGAACCAUUGAAUUCGGAAGAGAAAUACACACACUCACAACAACAACAACAACAAAACAUCUGCAAGCGGACAAAACAGACGAAAAAAAGCAUAUUGAGGCGAAAUCGAAAAAAAAGCGCAUAAAAACCAACAUCCAACUGCAAGUGUAAAGAGGAACGUAAAGUGAUUAUUUACGUUUGACUUCGAAUCGAAGACAGAGAGAAAGAGAGAGAGAGAGAAAACGAAAUCAUAUGCGUUUGUAAAACUCUCUGGUGCAUUCAGCCAAACGGACGAGAAGAGCGCGAACAGAAGAAAAAAAAAUAACAUACAAACACAUUACAUAAAUCAGCGAAAAAAAGAGACUCAGCACGAAAUCGGUUGUAGAGUAUCCGUAAGCGUGUGUGGUGGCUGAUUCUCUUUAAUUUUUCUUGCUGGUGUGGUUCGUGCGCGCGUCAGAGGUGAAAACAUACAGAAUUCAUUUUUCUGUUAUUCCAAUAUAAAUAAACCCAAACGGAACGACCCCCGACGAUCUAUUUUAAAUGUGUGAAUCAACUGAAAAGUGUUUGGAACAAAAUGAUGGCUUUUCUAUAAACUUUAAUCAGGAUUAUUCAUCUUUGGCUGUGGUUGGUCAAUUCGGUUUUCGGUUGUUUACAAUAAACUCAGUUGAGCGCGUGGAAGAGAUAUUUUGCAGUAAUAAUGAAGAUACGAAAAUUGCAGAAAGGUUGUUCAGUAGCAGUUUGGUGGCAGUUGUCACCACGACUGAAGCGGAUAAACUUAAGAUUUGGCAUUUCAAAAAAGGCACCGAAAUCUGUAACUAUCGCUACCCAAGCGAUAUCCUAUCGGUGAGAUUGAAUCGAAGCCGUUUGGUGGUGUGUUUGCGUGACAGUAUUUAUGUGCACAACAUUCGUGAUAUGCGUUUGAUGAACUCAAUUCGGCACAUUGCUCCCAAUGAUCAUGGCCUAUGCAGUUUAUCGUUGAUGUCACAUCUCGCGUUCCCUGUGUCAAAUGAAUGUGGCGAAUUGCAAUUAUACGAUGCCGAAAAUUUGCGUGUACGAAUCAAGAUCAAGGCUCAUGAUUCGCCAUUGUCCGCAUUCAAUUUCUCGCCAAAUGGACAACUUCUAGCAACGGCUUCGGAAAAAGGGACGGUGAUACGUGUGUUUUGCGUAAAAAAUGGGCAAAAAGUGCACGAAUUCCGUCGUGGCAUGAAACGAUGUGUUCAAAUAGCAUCGUUGAAUUUCAGCGGUUGUUCGAAUUAUCUGUGUGUUAGUUCGAAUACCGAAACGGUGCAUGUGUUCAAAAUUGAUUUGAAGCUAGUGGAAGAGGUGGAACGACAAAACUGUAUCAAUAACAAUGACGAAUCAAAUGAUGGUAGCAGCAGCGUUGAUACGACAUCAAGUGGUGAUUCGGUGGAAUUGAAAUCGGACAGUAGCGGCAGCAUCAGUAGCAAUCGCUGGUCGAUGGGUUUUAUAACAAAGUAUUUACCGAGCCCGGUGAGCGAUGUACUCACACAAGAUCGUGCAUUCUCAAGUGUUCAACUCAACCAAGCUGGGCUGCGGUAUCAAUGUGCGAUUGCCAAAUUGGAAAAAGAAUCCAAACUGUUGGCGGCAUGCGAAGAUGGAUUCCUUUAUGUGUACGAUUUUAAUGCGAGCAAAGGUGGCGAUUGUAAAUUGAUACGAGCACACGACCUCCGCAGUCCACUUGACGGCAUUACAGAGGUGAAUCUGGACGAGAAUAACUGUGAUAGUAAGAGUCAAUCGAAAACGCCGGAGAAAAAAUCAAUCACCGCAUCGGUGGGCUCAUAUGCAAGUGUGCUGAAGGGGCGAGAGAAGAAUAAAAUGUCAGAAUCAGACAAGCGUCGCGAUUUAUUCGAAGCCAUUGAAUAUCCACCAAAAACUAUGUUCGAAGAGGUUCAAUUUCCACCUGUGACCGCUGUUCGCGAAUGACGUCAUCGACAACAUUAAGAGCAGACGCACGCGCGCCGACCGACCUAUCAUUAGAUCAAUUCUAUUCAGAAAAAAAAAUGUAUAAAUUAGCAUUGUAGUGUUCCCAUUAAGUUAUUUGUACUUUUCGUCCCUAAAAAAAAACACAUAAAUCAACACCAGCACACGCGCAAUGCGCGCUGAUCGAUGUGGAAAAUCAAUUGACAACACGAUUUAUAUAGUAUGUUCGGAUUUUAUUUUCUUUUUUUUGUCGUCGUUUAAUUUAUUGUAAAAACAAAAUCAGAAAAAAAAACAAAAAACAAUAUUUGAACAGCAUUUCUCUCUAACUAUCCUUUUAAAAGUUACAACAAAAAAAUGUUCGGCUCAAAGAAGCAUAUAUUCUUAUAAACACCAGCAAUUCGUUUCUACCUUUUUUCCUCUCUUUUUGCGCAAUUCUAGAAUAUACUUCAAGGAAUAUUAGUAAAGACUUUGUUGCAUUAGUAUUAGCUACAUGUUUAUCUAAGUUUCGUUCGAUUAUACAAAAAAAAUAUUACUUUUUACUGUUCAAUUUGACAAUAAAAAUGGAAAUGAUUACAUGACUUCAGCAA